AUGUUUUUGAGGUUUACUAGCUCGCAACAGAGCAAUUCAACGAGUUUCUAUCAGUCUGAACGAUAUCAAAACCAUAUCCAGCAAGCGUCUGAUCUUUAUGAGGAGCUUUUCACAAAGAGAAAUUACAAUAAAUAUUUAUCUCCUGUUUAUGGGGCAACUAGAAACGAGACAGAUGAAAACGCUCCACCCCCGUUAGCCGUUCAUUUUGAGCUCGAGUAUCUACAAAUCUUCGGAUUGGAUGCUCAAAGUCAACUAAUCAGUGGAGCGAUUCAAUUUCGAAUGACUUGGCCCGAUCCCAGAUUCACUUGGCGACCAGGUGCCUUUGAUGGACUCACACAGUUACACGUGAGCACUGACGCCGUUUGGCUACCCGACAAUCAAUUUGGAAAUGUAAAAUUGCUUGACGAUGUGCUCAAUGGAAAAGCCGUCAAAAUCGACAAUGAGGGCAUUGUGGAAAUAAUCAAUGUCUAUUAUCUGGAGAUUGCUUGUCAGAUAAACAUCACCAAGUUCCCAUUCGAUAAUCAAACUUGCGAGCUGCCGGUGAUGUCAUUUGCCUACGAUAGUAGUCUAAUAUCAACGAACGGCUCAAUCGCACCGGAUACGGUUGAUGCACGGAUGGGAAUGAUGGGAAAUGGUGAAUGGCGAGUAACCGGGAUCAAUCAUUUUCUAAUUCCCUUUGGCCAACAACAAAUCUGGACUUUGGCUCUGCAAGUGAAACGAGUUCCAAACUACUAUGUUUACGUAAUUGCUAUACCAUGUUUUGUCAUCACUUUGUUAUCAAUCAUCGGCAUGUUCUGGACUCCAAGUUAUGAGUCAGAGCAAAUUGGGAAGCUUGGAAUCGGUUUAACGAGCUUGGUAUCGAUGACGGUUUUGCUCGACCUUCUCUCGAGUUCAAUCCCGAAAACAGCGAUCUUUCCAUUGCUUGGAAUCUACGUGGUUGCUUGCGUGGGUUUCAUCGCAGUUGCUUGCUUGCUGAUUAUGGUUUGUUCGGCAAAAGAUCCUCGAAAAAGAUCGGCUGCUGAAGUGAAGAAACAACUCGAAGCAGAGAAAUCGUUACCCAAAAGAGAACAACUUUGGAAUCGAAUCCGAAAAACGCUUUUCCAUCGUCAUGUUUUGUUUCAAAUUCUUUUACAAAGUCUGAAUUUAGGUGGAUUUUGUAUUUUUCUUUCGUUCUGGAAA